AUGGCUAUGUUGGCAUUAUCAACUAUAUGUCCAGUGACAGCGACAGCACAUGAGAACAACUCAAUAAAGUGCAACGAAGGAAGAGUAGAAAUAGUGCCUCCUUCAUCAAGAUUUGAGCUUUGCAUCAACGCAAUGUGCAGAAUUAUGUCUAACGUAUCGAAAUCGUAUAUAUUUGAAUUGGAAAAAUCAUCAUUAGAUGAAAAUAGCACGAUUACGUUACGCUCUGAAUGGGAGAGCUCAGUGGUCUUCUCGACUAUGCAGUACGAACCGCCAGACUUUUGCGAAAAAUCGGCCUUGCUGAUGAGCAAAGAUCUUAUAGGUAAUCCUCACUGUUGGCCACUUGGAGCCAUAAUCACCUUAACACUGUUAGUUUACCUUUCGAUCAAUAGCAUCAUGUUGAUUAUAUGGUUAAUUAAAUGCACACGAAAUGCAAAACGGAAAGGAACUCCGAAUUCCACAUCCGAAGAAGAAACAAUUCCAAUGAGAACAUUCAAUCCACAUCCGAUCUAUAUACCGUCCGCCUUGUUGAUUUGUGUCGCACUCUUGGCACUAGCAAGCAAGCUUAAUCAUGCUAACAAAACGAUCGGACUUAUAAAGAUACGUUCGAGACCAAUGAAACUGUCCUGUUCCAAAGUUUCAUUAUUCUUCACUAGAGAGACGAAACUCAAGAUCUACCACACAACGAGAUGCUCACAAAUGGGCUCUUGCACUCAGUCUAAGAAAGAAGUGUCAAAUGUAAUGCCCAUACGCACUCCGUUCACAGAAAUCUUCAGUGAUAACAAAGAAAUCUUUGCGCUCUCCAAGCAAGGAGAGAUCACUCUCGCAAUAGAAUCCAAUUUGCUUAUUGACGGCACUGAGUUCAUAAUCAAUCAACCAUCGGAUCCCCUCACCACAUCAGAUUCGUUGUAUGCUGUCUUCAAGCUAAAUGCACUCAGACGUUUGAGUUAUGCUCUGGGCACGUACGAGCUGAAUAAAUUGCACAGUUAUAUGGCGGAAAUUACCCAGAUAGGAGAUACCCGAACCCAAAUAGUGUCAUUCUUGGCGGAUACUUCGACCAGCUGCACUCAAGCGCGAAAAAGGAUAUUCGUCAAGAGAGAUGUCAGUGACAAUAUCCGUAAAAAUGAUCCAAAAUCGAAGUGCCGAAAUGGAGGAAUUUAUGCAGGAGGACAAUGUCAUUGUAUUCAUCCACACACUGGAAGAACAUGCGAAGAAUUCGCCUGUGUUCAUGGAAUUUCUGUGGGCAGGAGGUACGACCCUCUGAGCCUCAUAUUCAGUAAACCAUGCAUUUGCAAUGAAGGGUGGAAAGGAGACCUCUGCGAGUAUCACCUAACUGACAGGUGUGGCAACAGAGGCGAGUGGAAAAACAACAAAUGUGAGUGUAUUGGGUCUUUUUUUGGUGAUGAAUGUCAGUUCACUAGUAGAUGUGACAACGGAAUGAUCAAGCAUGGAAGGUGCAUCUGCAACAAGCACUUCGAAGGAGAUUACUGCGAAAGGAUUAUUUGCUACCACGGUUAUCCCAACAUUAAGAAUGUGUCGCUCUCUUGCAUAUGCCCAGCAAAAUAUAAGGGUCUGCACUGCGAUCAAUGCUCGCAGGCUGGCCCGAAGAUUCAACCAUAUCCUAUUUGUACAGUGAACUAUAUUCCAAGCAAUGCUCGACAAUCACGAAAGAAGACGAAUCAACAAAUAAGGUACCGAUUUGUAAUUAUGAUAGGAGCCAUAUCGUUUUUGGUAGUUAUUGCGGCGUCGAUGUGUGUGUUUCAUUUAUGGCAUCAGCGCCGGAAAAAUCCUGAGGAAGAGGCUGUGCGAAUGCAGGCACUCUCGGAGAGGUCGCAAAUGCUGGCUGAUGCGGCUCUACAUGCUGACUUGAGUGUGCAAACCACAAUAAACAGAAAGGAACGAAGACGAUCUCUCGCGAAUCCAUUCCGUACAAGACGAUCAACAAGCGUAGAUCGUGAACAAAUACGCGGAAUACAUGGAAAUCAGAAGGAACAAUGUUUGGACUAUACGGUGGAUGAAGAAGGAGCUUUCAGUCAAGAGAAGACCAGUCUCACACUUUCUCGAGGAAAUCUUUGGAGCCAUUGCAACAGCUACAAAGAGUUGGAUGCUGCAUUCAAGGCGAACAAUCUGCCCUUGACAAUAGUUCGAAUCAGGGUCAAGCGUGUGGUAGGAUUUUCCUAUAGGAGGAUCGUAAAGGGAGGUGGUUGCAAAGUAGAUCAUCUCUUUUGCAAAAAUUUGAGUCAGAAUGGUGUCGAAUCUACGUCGUUCCAUUGUUAUAUUGUAUAA